GAAACAAGCCGCCUUGCCUCGCAAAUCAGGAGACUCUACGGGGCAAACAGGCGGGCUGAGAAGCCGUUUUGGCUCUGUCUGACGGAAUUUGUGGUGGGCUCGUUGAUCUAUGAGGAGUGUUUCCGCAUGAACGACGGCUUCUCCAAUUAUUUGAUGGACACAACUCAAGAAAGUUUCCUGGACCUGUUUCCUUUAGAUGUAAUUGUUUAUCUCACUCCUGACUCUGAGAAUGUCCUUGAAGAUAUUGAUCCAAAUAAAGUAUACGUCCUCGGAGGCCUGGUGGAUGAAAGUAUUCACAAGAAGCUGACUCUGCAAAGGGCACAAGAGCAGUCCUUGCAAACAGCCCGCCUCCCUAUUCGUGAGUACAUGGUGAAAACUGUUAACAGCAAGAACUACCACUCGGAGACACUGGCAAUUAAUCAAG